AUGGCCAAGGGCAAGGACAAGUCCCACAAGAAGAAGUCCAGUGACGAGGAGAGCGGGGCUACCAGCAUGACAGAGAGUAAGGCUACCAGCAAGGCUUCCAACAAGGGUACCAACAAGGGCGCCAGCAAAGCCGAAAGCACAGCUUCCAGCAUGCAUGAUAGUAAGGGUACCAGCAAGGCACCCAGCAAGGGUUCCAACAAGGUUCCCAGCCAGGCGCCCAGCAAGCUAUCCGGCAAAGCUGCCAGUAAAGCGCCCAGCAAGGCACCCAGCAAGGCACCCAGCAAGGUUGCCAACAAGGCGCCCAGCAAGUCGCCCAGCAAAGUAUCCGGCAAGGCUGCCAGUAAAUCGCCCAGCAAGAUACCGAGCAAGGCUCCAAGCAAGGCCUCCACUAAGGCUCCGAGCAAGGCUCCGAGCAAGGCUUCCAACAAGUCUCCAAGCAAGACUCCUAUCAAAUCGCCUAGCAAGGCGGGCGGCGGCAAGAUGGCCAGCAAGUCGGCCAUCAAGGCACCCACAAAGUCACCCAGCAAGGCUCAAAGCAAGGCUCAAAGCAAGAUGAAGCAACGGAGUCAAAUGAAAGGAGACAUGGGCGGCAAGUCAUCAACCAGGGUCGCCAAGGCCCCCUCCAAAAUGGCCUCGAGGGCGACAUCUAUGGCGCCGUCCAGAGCAGGCAGUCAAGAGAAGGGAGCCAAGCAGUCGCGCAAGCAGUUCUUCACCAGCAAGUCGUCGUACUCGAAGUCGACCAGUUCGAAGUCAUCAGGAAAAAUGAAGAAGGGCGGCUCCGACGAAGCAGCCAGAGGGAAAGCCUCCAGGGCCGCCGCGAAGGCCAAGCCAGAUUCGAAGGCGGCUUCGAAAUCGGCUCCCAAGGCGGCUUCGAAGAAAGCGCCGGGCUCCGACUCGGGCUCUCAGGGGUCCGGCAGCGAGGAAGAGGCUCCCAAGAAGAAGCAGCCGAAGAAGAAAAAGAAAUCUAGCGACGAAGACGAGGACACCAGCGAGGAAGAGAAGCCGAAGAAGAAAAAGGCGGAUGAGGACGCCAAGGAGGAAGGCGACGAGGCUAAGGAAGGAGAGGGAGAGGAGGAAGAAGAGGAAGAGGAAGAAGAGGGCGUCUACAUGAGCACCACAGAGUUUGAGGCCUACAUAGCUCGCCGCGAAUUCCUCCGAGACAUCGGCAAGUGCGUGCUCCUCAUCUUUAUGACGGCCUGCAUCGCCUACCUGUUUCACGUGUGGCGUCAGAGCGACAAGAGGCGUUACGGGACCGGCAUCGUCACCGAGCACCGCACUCCGCCCUACACCGAGGAAGAGGAGAACGUCACGUACCCCCUCGACAGCGUCCGAGAUUUCUCGGUAGAGGACCAGGCGGAUGCGGUGCCCACUGAAUUCGGCGAGGCGGUUGGAGACUUUUAGAACGUUCAUACGA